CAAAGGAGGGGCUCAAUAUGUCGUAGUAAAAGUAAAAUAGCAACUAAUAGAUAGCAUGAUAUGAAAGCAUUUAGCUAGGGAGCUAACGGUAGCCGCUACGUCUAAGUGGAAGCGUUAGUUUUAGAGAUGUUGUUCUGUGUAAUAUGACAUUGUGCCUGACUCACACCUAUCCUUCAUUAGUCAGACUUCUCAGCGCAAAUCGUGCAUGCAAGUGUUUUUAACUGUUACCGUCGAAUUGAAUGUAAUCCUACCCCUACUGAAACGUAACUCAGCCAUUAAGACGUUUGGAAUUAAAAAUCAUUAAUAAUCUCAAUUUGUGGGUGAGAUUAUAUGUGGUAUUUUAUCAUUGUAGAACUGAACAGAUCACGUUGCAGCACAUUUAUCAGUCUAGGAAGUGUUUAAACCGAGACUUUCUUCACACUUCAUCACUUUGCUUUGAGUGCUGUUAGAAGCAUGUAAUCACAUUGUACACAUUGACACAAGGACUUGUCAUCCUGAUGGCACUGACAUGUUCACUGACACACAUAUGUAGUUUUGAGAGAUGAACUAAGGAUUUUGAGCAAGUAACUGCUUUUUGCAGGUAAUCCACGGUGUUUUGCUAUUUGUAUGAAUUGUUUUGAGAAAUGCACUUACUAUUUUACAAAUGUCAAGGAUUAUUCGAGAAAUGUACCAAAGCCACUGAGAAAAACUGUGAAUGUUAGCAGCUAUAGCAGCUCUCUACAGUAGCUCCCAGCUGAUGUUAGUGUUUGCAAAUCCUAGCUUAUCUUUAGCAUGAGCCUCAGAUAGCUAUUUAAAUUGGACAGUUGCCAGACACUUUUUUCACAGCUUUAAGUGAAACUAUAGGGAGGCCUCAUGAUGAGCAAUCAACAACCAUAAGUCCAUUUUAUUAAAAAGAAGGAUCCCACCUGGCCACCUAACUCUGUGGUACAGCAAAUACACAACACAUUUUCUGACAGUUAAACUGUCCCUCAUAUUUGCCUUAUUGGUUAAUAUGUUUUUAAUCAAAUACAUUGUUCAUUGAAAUUAUGUGAUUAGCAGUGAUUAGCUGUUUAUCAUUAUCAUCCCUAAAUAGCAAUACAUUUAGGUGAGUUCAGCAUAAAACGGCAAAGCUUUUAUGAGAUCCAUUGGGAAGAAAUUAAAUAGUGAUGAAUUGGUUAUCGAUGGUAAUGUUCUUUAUUCAGGGACGCUACAUGUGUAGUGGCCUCUUAGUCACAGGGUAGCCCCACCUUUGUGCAUUCUCUGCUUUAUCGUCAGUUUUACUCAAAAUGGGACCAUAAUUGCAAAACAAACGCCAUGCUGUGUUGAAGGACAGUUAAAAUUAGUGAUUAAGGCCAUAACCGUGUUAUGAAAAUGUUGACUGACCUAACAAAUGAAGUCAUACGUAGGAUAAUUUUCUGAUAGCCUUCCAUAUAAUUGACUUAAAGAUUUGUUUUUGAUUGAGUGAGCAUGAAGUAAUGUUAUCAACUUUUCACAGUUAGACUGCGACUCCAAUAUUUUUCCUCUUGAGGUCCAGACCCGUGUUUCUGUGUUUUGGAGGCCAUGCCUCGGAAAGGCGUAACCCCAAAACGUCGCCCCCCACUGCCAGCCCCAGGGACAUCCCGUUCAACACCCGUGUCCCCAAGACGAAGUGGAGUUUCAAGGAAGCCUCCUGCUUCUCCGAAGAAGAGACGAUUUAGACCAGGAACCAAGGCCUUAAUGGAGAUCCGCAAGUAUCAGAAGAGUACCGAUCUUCUGCUCAGGAAGGGACCAUUCUCUCGCUUGGUUCGUGAAGUGUGCCAAAGUUUUUCCAGAGAAGCUCUCCGAUGGCAGGUCUACGCUCUUCUGGCCCUGCAGGAGGCAGCAGAGGCAUUUCUCGUCAUGAUGUUUUCAGAUGCCAACCUGUGUGCCAUCCAUGCCAAGCGUGUCACCUUGUUUCCCCGGGACAUUCAGCUGGCUCGGAGGAUCCGAGGGGUGGAUAACCUGUAAAAAGAAAGAAGAAGAACAAGAAAAGAAAUACAAUAAUCAUUGGCCAAUAGGAAUGACAUUCUUUGGAUUUUGGCCACUUUUAACUGUGUGACUUUAAAAGACACUGCAGAGAAAGGAACCUGAAAAAGAAUCCUCGCCAAGCAGCUGUAUGUUUAUAAACUGUUGAAUGAUUUUACUAUACAGAGUAGAUCUGCUGUUUAGUGUGAUAACUGCUCAUUUUUAGGGUUCAGUGUUACUGAUGUGUAUAUACUGUUUCUCAUUGAAGUAAACCUAUUGUGUUGAUAAAUGUUAAUAUUUUCUCUUUGUAAUCUUUACCUUAUGUCUUAUUUUAGUUUGGACAAAAUGUGUACUUAUUAUAAAGUGAAUGCCAAAAGCCCAAAGUGGUGUCUUUUCAAAUGGUUUUUUAAUUUUGUGUUUGACAGUUAAGUUGCCAACUCAGUGUUUAAUAAAUGAAGAGCAGGCACCAUUGUUGUCAGUCAUUUGCCUUAUGAAACUUAUUUGAGAAUGUUUUUUUUCAUCCAUGAGUUAGGGCCCAAUAUUCUCAAUAAAAAUUGUGUGUGUGUA